AUGGAAAACAGGAAGAUUAGCAUGAUAAGUGAGUUGGCUCUCUCACAAGAUGACUAUACCAUUAAGGUCCGUGUCAUCCGUUUGUGGAGACAAACUUCAUGGAAUCAACAACUUCGUAUGAUUGGCAUGAUAUUGAUGGAUGAAAUGGGCUCAAAAAUUGAAUGUAAUGUGGACAAACCAUUUGCAUCGCUUCAAGGAAAAUCUCUUGAAGAAUAUGGUGAUUACUACAUUCAUAAACCCACAUUAGGGUUAAAUGAAGGUGCUAUAAAGUUUGUCGACGGUCCACACAAACUCUAUUUCCAGUAUACCACGAAGGGAAGGUAUGCUGAUGAAAUUAAUGCAUAUGUCUCUAAGAAUACUGGUCAUUUUGUAUUGCUUAUUCAAUGUGCUAAGUUGAAGCUUGUCCGAGAUCGUCCUUAUGUCAAUAACACCUACUUGGCCACAAAACUUUAUAUUGAAGAUGACAUUGAGGAGAUAACAACUUUCAAAAAAAGUUUACAAGCAAAAAAAGGCUCUUUGACUUCCUCGGAUUCACGCACCUCGGGUUCAUCCAUCAUGUAUUCACUACAUGAUGACUUUCUUAAAAAAAACUCUUUUCACCAAAUAUCCGCUAUUCACGAAUUGAACAUGGGAGGUUGUGCGGUAAUUCUUGGCACAAUAAAGAUGUUUGAAGAUACACGGAACUGGUAUUAUAAUGCUUGCACACAUUGCAAGUCAAAGGUUCAAAUAGUUAAGGUUUCAAAUGAGACGGUCAAUGGCUUGGACCAGUUAGAAGAGAAAGAGAUUAUGGUUUGUACAAAUGAAAAGUGCAAGGACAAACUUAUUACUGCUGAACCAAGUUUUAUGAUCAAAGUUCGAGUUCAAGGUUUAGUUGGUGUUGUGAGUCUUACGAUCUUUGAUCGUGAAGUCAGAAAUAUUCUGAAACUAUCUGCUGCUGAUUUAUUAUCAAAAUAUGAAAAGUUUGGCAAUACAAGUCAGUUUCCUAUUGAGUUGAAUGCCAUGAUCGACAAAAAAUUGGCUUUCAAGAUUGUUGUCAAGACAUUUAAUGUUUCAAGAUUUGGUCGUUCUUACAACAUUUCCAAAAUAACGGAUAAUGUUGACAUUAUUUCUACUUUGGAGAAAAUUGAGAAAAAGAGUAGGAUUGAACAGGACAUGGAUACUGAAUCUGUUAAUAUAAUUGGCUCAGAAUUUGCAUCUCAGGAAACAGUGGGUUGUAAGGAUGCUACUUCCCACACUGCUGAUAAUACUCCUGUGUCGAAUAUUCCAUCUGGCAUAUCAUCAAGAACAGUCAACAACCUAAAUUCACCGCCUACAAGUGCCAAACGUAAACUUGUAGAUGUUUACGAUCUUGAUGAUGACGUUUAUGAAUCAGCAACGAAACCUAAUGCACCCCGUAUUGGAGAUGGCAAAGUUGUUGGAACAACAAAAUUGUUGAUUCCUAAAGUUGAAAAAUGA